AAACUUGUGCGGUGCCCGAAUGCCUCCAGACUGAAGGAGAUAAAGCCCGCAGCGAUAAAACAAUGGGAAGUCCUACUCUUUGGUGGAGCAGCUUAUCUGUCAGACUGGUGUCUGCCUGCUUGCUGUGUGCAUCAGUUGGAAAGCAAUGUCAGAUCCGAAAUGAAGUGGCUGAUUGCAGUCACCUAAAGCUGACUCAAAUUCCUUCUGACCUCCCAAACAAUAUAACGGGUUUGGACAUUUCUCAUAAUCAGCUAAGACAGCUAGGUCCUGCAAAUCUGACCAAGUACAGCCAGCUCAUUUACUUGAACGCAGGCUACAACAGCAUCUCUAAACUGCAGCCAGAACUGUGCCAAUAUGUGCCCCUGUUGCAGAUUCUGAAGUUGGAACAUAAUGAAUUGUAUAAGUUCCCUGACAGAGUCUUUGCUUCCUGCACCAACCUGACUGAGCUCAAUCUAGGUUACAACAGAAUAGAUACAAAAAAUGAUCCUUUCAAACCCCUGGAGAACUUGAAUAUUUUGGACCUAUCUCACAAUUUUUUGAAGUCAGCAAAUUUAGGAUCGCAGCAACAGUUGAAGAACCUUCGUGAGCUCAUGUUGGAUAGCAAUCAAAUCACUGAGUUAAAAAAGGAAGACUUCAGUUUUCUUAGCAACACGUCAUUGAAUAGUCUUGAUUUGUCAUCAAAUCCACUGAAAGAGUUUCACAUAGGAUGUUUACAUGCAAUUGGAAAUCUGUUUGGCCUCAUACUGAAUGAUGUUGAACUUGGUGAAAAUCAUACAAAGAAACUUUGUACAGAAUUAUCAAACACAGCGAUUCAGAACCUCUCACUGAGCCAUGUGAAGCUUUCAUCCAUUGGCAAGUCAACUUUCCAGGGACUGCAAGGAACAAAUCUUACAGUUUUAAACCUUUCCCAAAAUUCUCUGUCUGUGAUAGAAGAUGACUCAUUUCAGUGGCUUUCAAGUUUACAAUACUUAAACCUGAAGCAUAAUAACAUUCAUGUAUCUUCACAUUUAUUUUAUGGAUUAUCCAGCCUCAAACAUCUGAAUCUGGUAAAUUCACUUACUGGGAAAAUUGAAGAUUUUUCCUUUCAUUGGUUAUACCACCUGGAGUACCUUAUAAUGGAUAACAACAAUUUUCCAGGAAUUACUGCCAAUAUGUUCACAGGUCUGAACAACCUGAAAUACCUGAGUCUCUGUAACUGCAACAUAAACUUACAAAGAAUAACUAAUAAAACAUUUUCAUCACUUGCUAAUUCCAGUUUGGAGGUUCUCAACCUCACAAAAACAAGAAUCUCUACAAUAGAAAGUGGGGCAUUUUCCUCCUUGGGACACCUGAAAAUUCUUGAUCUUGGUCUCAAUGAAAUUAGUCAAGAGCUCACAGGUCAUGAGUUUAAAGGUCUCAAUAAUAUACAAGAUAUUUAUCUUUCCUAUAAUAAAAACUUGACUUUGCGAAGUGAAUCAUUCAUUUUUGUCCCAAGCCUUAGAAAACUGAUGCUGAGGAAGGUAGGUUGCAGUAAUCUGGCGCUUUCUCCUUCGCCUUUUCAUCCUCUACAAAAUCUGACUGUCCUGGACAUCAGCAAUAACAACAUAGCAAACAUAAAAGAAGACUUGUUUGAUGGACUUCACAAACUUGACAUUCUGGACUUGCAGCACAACAAUUUAGCCCGACUUUGGAAACAUGCAAAUCCAGGUGGCCCUGUUCUUUUUUUAAAAGAUCUUCCCAACUUGCAUAUUCUUAAUUUAAAAUCAAAUGGGCUUGAUGAGAUUCCAGUUCAGGUUUUCAAGGGUCUGUUUCAAUUAAAAAACUUGGACUUAGGAUCGAAUAAUUUGAAUUUGCUUCCAGCAACUCUGUUUGAUGACCAAGCCUCUCUGAAUUCAUUGAAUCUUCAGAAAAAUCUGAUAACCUCAGUUGAAGAAAAAGUGUUUGGCCCAGCUUUCAAGAGCUUGAGAAUACUAGAGAUGGAUUCCAAUCCAUUUGAUUGCACCUGUGAAAGCAUUGCUUGGUUUGCUGAUUGGCUUAAUGUGACCCAAGCAUAUAUACCUGGAUUGCGGUCCCAGUACGUUUGCAACACGCCACCUAAAUAUCACGGUAGUCUGGUGUUGCAUUUUGAUAGCUCAGCCUGCAAAGACAGUGCUCCAUUUAAACUUCUGUUUGUGAUCACUACCACUGUUGUGAUGCUACUCAUUUUUAUUGUUCUUCUCGUCCAUUUUGAAGGGUGGAGAGUAGCUUUCUACUGGAAUAUUUUAGUAAAUCGAAUACUCGGUUUUAAAGAACUUGACAGACAACAGGAAGAGUUUGAUUAUGAUGCCUACAUUAUUCGUGCGAGACAGGACAAGAAUUGGGUGUAUAAGAAUUUAACCCCUCUGGAAGAAAAUAACCACUUUCAAAUCAGGUUUUGUUUAGAAGAACGGGACUUUGAAGCAGGCAUAUCUGAAUUUGAAGCCACAAUUAACAGUAUAAAAAUGAGCAGGAAGAUUAUUUUUGUUGUGACUGAACACCUCUUACAGGAUCCCUGGUGCAAAAAUUUUAAGGUGUAUCAUGCUCUUCAGCAAGCUAUUGAACAAAGCCGGGACUCCAUCAUAUUGAUCUUUCUUCAUGAUAUUCAAGAUUACAAGUUGUAUCAUGCACUUCACCUGAGAAGAGGAAUGUUCAGAUCUCGCUGCAUCUUGAACUGGCCAGCCCAGAAAGAACGAGUCAGUGCAUUUCAUCAGCAAUUAGUGAUGGCGCUUAAAUCUAAUAGUAAAGCGCACUGAAUUUUGAAAAUACAGAUUUUAAUUAUGGGGUCAUUUUAUUGCGUAUUUUCUAUCAUUGGAAAACUAACAGGUCUUCAGGAAGACCUGAAAAAGUUUGUCGUGCUGGAAAGAUACGUAAAAGUCAGUAUAAUUUAAAUUUACUUGUCUAUAUUCAUGUGUUUGCUGAUAUUUUAAUUCACCUGCACUGAAGUGACAUGUUAAAAUGGAUCAUCAUUGAUAGUCAUUUCAGUCUGUGUAUCAAAAAUGUGGUAGAAAUUCUGAAAAGCAGUGAGAAUGACUGAUGUUCUAGGAAAAAUGUCCAUCUGAUACAGUGCAGAAAAGACAUAGACUCUCUACUUCAAAGGGAUAUGCAAAAGAGAAUGCAAUAAUGAUAAAAUAGCAAAUUCUGGGUAGAAGGUAGAGUGGACACUACUGCUUGCUUUCAUAACACAAGGGGAGAUUCAGUGAAAUGAAAAUUGGAAAGCUUUCCAUGUGAAGCACGGUAAGUAACAUGGAAAAUUAUUUCUGUAGUUGAAACCAAGAAACACAGCAGAGUUUCAAAGUGAGUUUUAAAACCUUUGUUUUAAGAGAAAGCCACAGAAAGAAAUUUGGCCCUGUGAGCAGCCUGUUCAGAACAUGCAGUGGAGGAUUGCUUAUGCCUUCUGGGUGGGGCUAGUACUGGUGACUAUCAAAAACAGCUUUUCAGACUAAUGAGUCAACUGAUUUAAUCAAUGUGGUAUGAUUAAAAAAAAAUCUUUACUCUUCCCUACUGAAAUUCAGAGAGCUGGCCGAAGGACAUUUAUACUGAGAGAUGUCACCUUAAUUGUUUGAAUGCGCAUAAAACUAUAUGUGGGCCUUUAAAUAGAACCUGAAAUCAGUGUGAAACGGCCAAGGCACAGCUGGUGCACCUGUAUAAAAUGAGUAAAGGCAUAGAUAUUUCUGUAGCAUAACUAGAAGACAGCUUUGUGGGGGAGGUGGUGCUACUGUAAUUUCAUUACUGAAAACUUUGUUACUGGUGAAACAACAAUAAAAAAUAACCCCCAAAAGAAAUAGUUUUAAACCGUAUCAGAAAUAUUACUGUGACUACAGUUACAGGUAGAGUGGGAGAAAAACUUCAAAAGUAGAUUAAUUUCAAUUUUUUUGUUUCCUUUUUCUUUAUGACUGUAUAUAGUUUUGCCUUUGAUAAC